AGAGAGAGAGAGGGGAAGUAGAGUGCAGCGUUGCCAACAACAGGACUGGAUUCAAAAUAUAAAUAUAAAUCCACAUGAAGAUCUGGAGAGAGAAGCAGGAAACAUCAGCUGCGGAGGACGAACACCGGAUUCCCUCUGUGUAUUUUCGGACACGCGGAUCCUCCGGAUGAUUGUUUGAGGAGAGACGCGGACAAACGUGUCCCCGCUGAGGACGGGACCUCCGAGGCUCAGCGACAACAAUGCACCGCGUCCCCACAGGGGCAGAGCACCGCCGGAUCACACGCGCUCGCAGACACACAUGAUCGUUUACUUGUUGAGACAAGUGUCGGGGUCUGUUGGAGUCUGAGCCCGCGAUGCCUGCGCGGAGGAACAGGUACAACCUGGUGGACGAUGUGGCGGACUCGAGGCUGCCGCUGCACAACGAGGAGGCGUAUCAACACGGGAUCUCCUUCCAAGCCAAGUACGUGGGAAGCCUUGACGUGCCCAGGCCCAACAGUCGGAUGGAGAUUGUGGCGGCCAUGAGGAGAAUCAGGUAUGAAUUCAAGGCCAAGAACAUCAAGAAGAAGAAAGUGAGCAUCGUGGUGUCUGUGGACGGAGUCAAAGUGAUACUGAGGAAGAAACAGAAGAGGAAAGAGUGGACAUGGGAUGAGAGCAAGAUGCUCAUCAUGCAUGAUCCCAUAUACAGGAUUUUCUACGUGUCUCAUGACUCCCAGGACUUAAAGAUCUUCAGCUACAUUGCACGAGAUGGCUCCAGUAACUCCUUCAGAUGCAACGUGUUUAAAUCAAAGAAGAAGACGCAGGCCAUGCGUAUAGUGCGGACAGUGGGUCAGGCCUUCGAGGUGUGCCACAAGCUGAGCCUGCAGCACGCUGAGCAGGACGCAGACGGACAGGCCGAUGGAGAGAGUGAUAAAUCAACAGAGGAGCCCAGCAGUGAUGGGCGUCAACUGACGGGAGCCGAGCGAGGGGAGGAAGAGGAGGGCAAGCACGGAGGAAGACGAGGAGGAGAGGAUUCUUUGGCCGGCACGUCACUGUGUGAAAAGGCCGUCAGUGAAAUUCUGCAGAGUCUGGCUGAACUGAAUGUGGUGAAACCAGGACAGACCAUCAUGGAUUUUGAUCGACGAUCCGUCUUCACUGUGACGUCUCAAGGCAUCACUCCCAGCAGCCCUUGCUCCCCAUCUCUCACUCCGCUGGCGUCGCAGCACUACCUGCAGCUUCUUCAGCAGCAGCUGCAGCAGCAGCAGCAGCACACGCAGGUGGCCGUCGCUCAGGUGCAGCUGUUGAAGGAUCAGAUGGCAGCAGAGACCGCCGCCCGUAUGGAGGCUCAGGCCCGCGUGCACCAGCUGCUGCUGCAGAACAGGGACCUGCUGCAGCACCUGGCGCUGCUCGUGCAGCAGCUGAAAGAGCUGGAGUCCCAUUCACCAAAAACGGCACAACCAGAGCCGUCCCAGCAGGAGCCUCAGGAGAAUGGCCACAAUGCUCAGCAGUCAUCCGUCUCUACGUUAGCAAAGUCCCUGUCUCUAAAUCUGAAGAAUCACUACAACCAGUCCCCGGACCAGCUCAUCACCUCCACACCGGCAUGGCUGCUGCAGACCUCCCUCUCCCCAACGCAGGUGGAUUGCGCCGAGUCUUACCUCAACCUGCUCAACCUGGAGAACAGCGCCACGCCGGCCGCGUCCAUCAACGGGAGCCUGGACCCGUUCAUCAGGGCCAACGGGGCAGUGGACGACAAGGAGAGGUCCUGCACUGAUAUCGUCCCGUUCACACCGAGAAACUCUGACAACAUGGAUGAGAAGUGUAUACAGACAAUCCCCAAACUUGACCCUCCACCACCCUCCCUGAACCGUAAGCGGGCCAGCAGAACUCUGUCCCCUGGGUCAGAAGUCACAGCUGCGCCCACGCCCGAAGAGAUCUCUGCUAACGAUGGGGCCCCGAGCCGCAGCAGCAGCCUCUCAUUCCCGGAUAUCACCCCCAGCUCCCUGUCUUCUGCUGACUUCCAUUCCCUCAGCAACGGGGAUAGCAGCUCUUGCUCGACCAGCGAAGACUCGGGGGUUCGCUCCGAGACCAAGUCCCUGCUGUCGCCUCUGCGCGAUGAUGACGACCUGUUUGGGGACCGCGGGACAUUUUUGACAGCGUCCAGCGGCUGUGACAGUCCCCUGGAGGAGAGAAGCGAAGCAGUUCUCUCCUCCGAGUUGUACCCUGCUGAGCACCACGUCCUUGCCUCACACUAUGAGCAACCACUGCCCUUCUCUCCUGCGGAUGAUACCUGCCUUCACAUCAGUUUCUCUGAGGACGAGCUAUUGGAGAACAACCAGGAAGACCCUAACGUCCCCCAGCGGAGUUAGAACAGGCUGACAUUCCCCUGAAGACCUCAUCACUAUGUUCUUCAAUCAGCUUUUAAUGCAGUACUUUACUGUCAGACCCUCUUGUGUUUGCACUGGGCUCCAUUUCAGGACCUUUAAUUAUUCUGUCCACUUGUGACACAGUACAGACAUAGCAUUAAUAAUCAAGUGUAUAAAUUAAAUUAGCCAUUGGACAGAUUUAGUAUUUUUGUAAUGAAAUUAAUCCUCUAAUUUACUUUUUAGUAACUAGAAUGUUGAGCAGAAAACAUGUAGCAACUCUUGCACUGUAAGCCCUGUGGUAUACUUGCUUUUUAACAACGCGUACGCAACUGGCUGCUUCUUAAACGUUAUUGUUCACCUACUUGCUCUAGGUACAACGCGUGUUACUGGAGGAUUCCAGUAGAGGGCACACAACCGAACUCAAAGAUUUAUAGAGCACUCUGCUCAAAUCAAUCUUCCAGAUUUGCCUGCUACCGACGCAGAAUAAGCAAGGCAGCCAUGGUGCGUACGCAAAGUUUUAACGUGUAUCUCCGGCCUUAGUCUCACAUCAUUUACCGUAAGACGAUAAGGGAAUGCAUUUUAUUUUUGCUAGUAGUUGACGUUAAAACAUUACCUUGUAUGAUGCUUCGCUGUGGUGCAAACUGAUGUGGAGAGUUUCACAGUGAUGAUGGUGAUCUUGGGAGGAGCCUUGUUUUCUGAAAAGCACCUGAUUAGAUGAUUGGUGGAAAGAAAAGAACAAGGAAGUCAGAAAAGUGAAAAAGGCGAGAAUGAGGGCAUAGUUUGGGUUUAUGCACGUCCACUUGUGGGUGUGCAGUAGGUUUUUGUUUUGUCAGAGUUGAGUUGGUUCUAGCAUGUGCAACUUGUAUUUUUGGUUUUGUCAGACUUUAGAAGAGUUAGCCAAAGGGAAUGUGUAUUCUGUGUUAUUGACUCUGUAUGUAGCACGAUGGCAUUCCUUCAAAACAAAGGGAUUUGUCGUUGAACGAAAACGAUUUUAGGUUUGCGAAACAGAGGACGAAAGCAAACCCUCAGAGAGCUAUCGGCCUUGAAAGCUUUGAAUUGCACCUCCCUGAGCAGGGAGUCAGUUAUAAAACGAAGCCUCGGACUCAGUGGGAGGAUAAUUGGGGAAUCACAUCAGGCCUUGGAGAAUGACAGUGUGGCAGAUGGAUUUUUAUCUUUUCUUUCUCCAGAACGACAAGAAAAUCUGUUGCUCUUAAAGCUCUCAAGACAAAUUACUAUGACAUUGCUGCUGCACAUGGAGUUUAUAUUUAAAUUUUUUCUUUACCUAAAUGUUGGGAACAUGUUUUUGACUAUAUUGUUGUAAAUUAAUAUAGAGCUGCAACAGAUAAUCCAUUAAUCAAUAAGUAGGUCAUACUAAAAAAACUAAUUUGGUAAUAAACCAUUUUCUCUUCAAUCAAAAAUAUUAACUAUUACCAGGUUCCAGCUUCUCCAAUAUGAUAAUUUGCUUUUUGUAUGUUGGAGUUUCCAACAGUCAAUGUUGUCACUGAUGAAUGUAGAAAAAUGUCACAUGCAUUUUUCUCUAUUUUUUGUCAAUUUAUAAAUCCAACAAUUAGUAAAUCAAGAAAAUGACUUAGACUAAUCAAUAAUGAAUAUAGCCCUAUAUCAAUAUGUUGGCCUAUUUAUACAAACAACUGUCAUUUUUCUGAAGAGAUGAAAACAGGAAAAUGAAACGAUAAACUGAUCGGUCAGUCAACAGAAACAGUUCUGUUGAUUCACUCCAUCUCAAAUGUAAAUAUUUGCUGAAUAUUUUAAAAUCUAAACAUAUGUAGGCUUUCUUUUAUAGAUGUGAUACAUCGGUGGGUAAAAUGAUACCAAAAUAACCAGGUAAACUAGCAAUGAAAAUAAUGUAUCGACAUCCUGGCUUUUAUAGCUAAGAUUCCCGUUUUUAGCUUGUGCAGCAAGAGUCUACUGCACUGUUUAAUAAUGUUGAAUUCAAUUUAACGCACAGUUUUAACCUGUGACAGAUAGAAGUGACAAUUAAUGAACGCCAGAGGAAAUGCAGCUGAGGUGAGAAGAGGGGCCAUGUUAAGGUGCAGGUGUAAAAUUGCCACAGUUGAAUUUACACCCGGAAAUGAGGCUUUUCUCAACAUCACUUCAAGCAGGGAGAUAAAAAAGCAAUAACACAUGAAAGAAAAAUGAAUAAAGAGGAAUAGCUGAAGAACUCCA